GUUUGCAAAACAAAGUAAAAUCACAUUACUAUGAUGAGUGAGAUUAAAAUAGAGGACGAAGAUCCAGAAAUAUGUCGUGGCUGUCUCAGCUCGGACAGGAAGCUUGCUGCUGUGGCUCCCGGUGAUCUGUACUUUUCUCUUUUGACAGAAGACCAAAAACUGGAAUCAUUAACCAUAUCACAGAUAGCUCUGUGUUGGGAGUGUGUGGCUCUGCUGAACAGGAUGCGCAGGUUCCGGGCCCAGGUCCAAAAUGCACACACAAUUUUGCAAGAAUCUUUACAACUUUCACCAACAAAACCUACUCUAUCUUCACUUACGGUCCAUCACAAAUUUGAUUAUGAUGCUGUUCUUGAAGAAGGCAUACCAUCUGAACAACCAUUAGCUUUUGUUGAACAAAAACCAACUAUAAAGGAUGAUAAAAUAAAAGUUAUCAUACCCUCAAAGUACAAAACUACAGUUAAAACAAACAAUGCAGAAAAUGUGAAAAGUUUCAAAGAUGUUAUAAAUGAUCUUUUAAAAAAUGUGAAAAUUGAUAAAGAUGCUAAAACUGAACAGCUCAGUAAUGACAGUGAUGAUGGUGAAGAUAAUGAGAAUUUUGAAGCUGAUGAUAGAAAUUAUAGUUCGUCUGAAGAAAUUUCAGAUGUCGAAGAUGAUACUUUAAACAAAUUACCAAAAGUUGCUAAGAAUAGUGUACCAAUAAAAAAGCCAAAACAAAAUGAUGUAACCAUUACAAAAAAAGUAAUUAAACCCCUAAACCAAAACAAGAAAAUAGAAGUUCCAUUGAUCAAAACUCCUGCAAUGCUAAAAUUGGAAAUGGAGUUACAAAAGCACAUGAGUGUUAUAAAGGUUGCACCAAAAGGGGCGACAAUUAACUCGCAAAAGAAACGUGAUAAAAAAAAAGUGAUUGAUGAUAAAAAUAUUCGUAAAUCAGAUCCUGAUGAAGACGAGCCAAAAACAAAAAAACAAAAGGAGUUAGAGCUAGAUCCAGAUUUUAAUGUGGAGGAUGAUGAAGAUUGUCCUACAGAUGAUAGUGACGAAUUUAAACUAAUUGGCAUAAAGAAAACAAAGGAACAAUCUGACACAUAUCCUAAUGGCACUGUAGAAGAUGAUGGCAAAACAGAGAAGCAACAAAUCGAAAUGAGUGAACAAGAAAUAAGGAGCGCUUUAGAAAAAGAUGAUGCAAUCGUUAGAGAAAAGAAACCUAAAAAAUGUAGCAUAUGUGGAGUGAUGUUUAGGCAUAGGAGAGCCCUGAAGGGACACGGGGUGAGGAUCCAUAAAUGGCAAACUGUCUACUUUGGAACUCUGCUAAGUAACAACUGA